ACCAACCAAGACUUCGUCUUACAGGCAUUGCAUCGAGUGACGAGAACAACACGACAAGCAGGACACUGGGGGAACGCGAGUCGCUUGUUACUAAGCAAAGCAACACGCACGCAGGCAAGCGCCGCCCUCUCAAAGUGGAGGUUGGAGGGACGAGCGCCGCGCAUCACGUGCACACGUGGCGAUUUCUUCGCAAGCUUCCAAAGUGCUCGCGAUGGAAGGUUAGUCCCUUCUCUGCCUUUCUCUUACAGUCUACACACGCAACAGAGGCAAUCUUCGAAAUGAGCACAACAGCAUCCGCACCCGCCGACAAGGCCAGCGCCAUCGCCGGACAGGGCGCCGCCGCGCCAGAGAUUCUCUGGGCGCAGCGCUCGUCCGAGGACGAGCCCGAGAAGAACGUCGUCAUGGUGACGAUCAACGUGCCCAACCUGCCGCCUGCGCCUGCCACGAAGCUCGAUCUGCACGAGGACGGCUUCAAGUUUGCCGCCAAGGUCGGCGACCAGGCCAAGGGCAUCGCCGAGCGGUCGUACGCCUUCGACCUGGACCUGUUUGACAAGAUCGACGUCGAGAACAGCAAGGUGUCGCAGUCUUCCAAGAGCAUGUACCUGCUGCUGCGCAAGAAGGAGGCCAAGCUCGAGUACUGGCCUCGGCUCAGCAAGGAAAAGGUCCGGCUGCACAACGUCAAGACGGACUUUGACAAGUGGGUCGACGAGGACGAGCAGUCGGGCAACCUCGAUGACUUUGGAGGCAUGGGUGACGGUGGCAUGGGCGGCAUGGACCCCUCGCUGGCCGGUAUGGGUGCUGGCGGCAUGGGUGGCAUGGGUGGCAUGGGCGGCAUGGGCGGCGCGGGGGGGAUGGACCUCCAGGCAAUGCUGCAGCAGAUGCAGGCUGGCGGCGGCGCAGGCGGCAUGGGCGGCAUGCCCGACCUGUCUGCCAUGGCCGGCGGCGCAGACGACGAUGAGGACAGCGACGACGAUGAGGGCGAUGACGAGGCAGCAGCAGCAGAGGCGCCCUCGUCGGCCGUCGAGACCGGUGACCAGGCCGCGGCAGCAAAGGCCAAGGACGUCGAGAACGUCGACUAAUCGUCAUUCUCUCUUUGCACCAAGUUUACUUCAGAUGGGAUCAAAGGAGGGUUUCUCCAUGUAACGUAGCAUAUGAUCCAAGAGAGGAUCUCCACAAGUUGGACUACCAAAAAGCUAUCUAUUUUUCCACACCCAAAAAAACAACGAAACGUCUCUUUCAUCAAUUGUUCUUCCUAGAUCUCGCUUGUGCCUCCUUGAGCAUGCGCUCUUUAACACCUUUUGCAAUCGGCCAGUUUGUGAGAAGCACGUCU